AAACGUACAAGUCCCUUCCAAGCCAAACAAGAAGACCAGAAUGAGAGGCAAGAAGCCGGUCGUUAAACUUCAAAAACUAUUUUUAAAAGUUUAAAAAGAAAAAAGUUUGAAGCAAAGGUCACUAGAUUUAAAUCAACUUAACAGUGAAUCACAAUUCACAAUGGUCGUUACGAUUGUUUGGAUGCAUAAUUGGAUAAGCUUGAUACUGGCAGUUGUUAGUCUUUUUAUAGUCAUACUUUUUCUUUUUUUCUGCACUUGCCUCGAAAAAAAGAAGGAGCCCACCCACUUCUACAUAAUAGACGAAAAGGGCAUUAGAAGGGACAAUGUUAAAAAUGAACUCGUUGGUGCUUCCCCGUGUAAUCUAAAUUUAUUCCGAAGGUUUUCGCUGACUUCUGAACCAGAACAUAUAUUCACUUCUAAGAAUUUACCCUUUUACUCGAUAAAUAAUGAAACGGGACACAGCUCAAAAGAUUUGGUUGAUUCCAUGGAAACUACUAAAAGUUUCGAUAAUUUGGUACUACAGUUUGAUGGUAGCGAUUUACCCCUUACGUAUAGAGAUGAACUAAGGUCCUGUGUAAGUGUAGAGUCAUUGAACAGUUUUUAUUCUGCACAUCCAUCUACAAUUACAAGGGGUACGUCAAGGGAAAGUUUUUGUAGCUUAAUAUCAGAAUAAAGUGUUCAAUGGCAGCUUCUGAAUCAUUACAAAGACUGAUUAUAUUAGAAAUGUAAGAUGAAAUAUUAUAUUUUGUACUAUUUAUGAAUUUUUAUUGUAUCUACAAGUAUUUGUUUAUAUUGAUUAAAAUAAAGUAUAUUAUUUAUAAACAAUAUAAAAAUUUAUAUUAGUUAAAAUAAA